AUGCCAUCUGAGUUACAGCAAGAAACUGUCUCACCAGAAACGAGAGAAAAAGUGUUAAAAUUCAUAAAACAAGGUCAAAGCAAGAUGGAAUCGGCAAUUAAUCAUGAUUUGCUCAAGAUGUUAAACCAGUAUGAUUCAACCAACGGCACAGUGCAGCCAACAUCAACUCUCAACGAUGGCGAUCACUGUAACAGCAGUCUUCAAGGAGAGGCCCCACAUAACAACAGUAACACCAUCAACACAGGUUCGUCUCCAGAUCAGGACACAAUGAGAAACGGACUGUCAAAUAACGGAAUUAUUCCUAUGGAUCUACAGACAGUAAAGUUAGACCUGUUCCAACAAUUAUCCAACAACAACCCACAGAGUAACGCUGGCCAAUACAAGUAG